AUGAUGACAUUAAGCGGUUUACCACCAAAAAUAAUCGCCAUGAUCAAGGCGUGCUACCGCUCCACCACUGCGCAGGUUCUGGCCCACAAUAACUUCUCAGAAAUCUUCGCUAUUCGGUCUGGCGUUCGAAAAGGCUGUGCCCUGUCGCUCAUCCUCUUUAAGUACUUCAUUGACUGGGUUCUCGGAAAAGCCCUACAGGAAAAUGACGGUAUUGAGCUUGCUCCCGGACGUCGGUUGACUGAGCUCGACUAUGCCGAUGAUAUCGCCUUUCUAGCUUCAAGCUUUGGAGAUCUACAGUCUAUGGUGAAAAAGAUCGCGAAAUCGGUCAGUCUGUCCAUAAAAGCUGGGAAGACCAAAGUGUUUUCAUGCUGCAUCCCUGCCCAAGAGAAGGCAGCUCUCGAGAUUAGUGGCUGUCAACUUGAAGAAGUAGACAGUUUCAACUACUUCGGAGCGAGGUUAAUGCCAAAUAAGGAUGACAUUUUCACCCGAGUUGAUGCAGCUCGACGAUUUUUCUCCAACCUUCCUAUCUCAAUAAAGGUCCCCGUGUGUCGUGCUUCUGUACGGUCUGUUCUUCUUUACGGAUGCGAACGCUGGGCUAUGCGCGUGGAAAAUGAACGGAAACUGGAAGUCUUCGACCACUACUGCUUAAGGACCAUCCUUCGAGUGAAGUAA